UGUUUGCUGUGAGUGACCUGUCAGAGGAAACCGGAUAUCGCUUUCGGAUAACGGUGUUUUAGCCGUGGAGAGAGUGUGUGUGGGAACUGGCUUGUUGUCUCGCCUCGGUUUCUUUUUAACUCUGGAGAGUGAGUGUUAUUGUUAUUAUUAUUAAAACAACAACAACAACAACAGCAACAGGAAGCCGGCGAUGGAGUAAGCUAAGCUAAUCUUGCUAGCUAAGCAAGCCGGCUAGCACAAACCGCGACAGUGAGCCGGUCGGUGACGCGUUUAGCUGCGGUUUAAACCGGUAGAAAUGGCUUUCAGAGCGGAUUUCAGGUGGCUGUUGAGUUCACUAAACGACCCGCAGCACGUCGCCCGCUUUCAGGAGCUGUGCGGUGUGAGAGGGACUUUCACCGGAAACCGAACCGGUGCGCGAGACUCGUGCGCUGAGGAAGUGGACGGAGAGCAGCGGAAGAGACCGGAACGAGAAGGGAACGAGAAACUGCAGGACGUGAACGGCGCGGUGAACGGGACGGCGAACGGGGCUGCUGGAGAAAGCGCUCGCGCUCAUGGUUCCGGGAAGGACGGAAUCGCGCGAGGGCCGCUGCGCAAGAACUCUCUGACCGGAGCCGUAGGCCAUCAGUUCGUGAUCGCGAACCGGUUCCUGUACUACGCGUUCACGUUGGGCACCGAGCUGGGAAACGAGCUCUUCUACAUCAGCUUCUUCCCGUUCCUCACCUGGAACGUGGACCCGUACGUCGCGCGCCGCCUGAUCGCGCUCUGGGUCUGGGUCAUGUACCUGGGUCAGUGCACCAAGGACCUGGUGCGGUGGCCGCGACCCGCUUCCCCGCCUGUCGUCAAACUGGAGGUGUUUUACGACUCCGAGUACAGCAUGCCAUCCACACACGCCAUGUCCGGUACCGCCGUGCCACUGGGGCUGUUCCUGCUCACCUGCGGCCGCUGGGAGUACCCGUUCCUUCCUGGACUCGCUCUGGCUCUGAGCUGGAGCACGCUGGUGUGUGUGAGCCGUGUCUACAUGGGCAUGCACUCUGUCCUGGAUGUGAUUGCUGGUUUCCUAUACAGCCUGCUCAUCCUGGCCAUUUUCAGUCCGGCCCUGGAAGCCAUCGACACGUUUAACCUGUCUUCCAGCUACGCUCCUGUCCUCAUCGUCUCCCUCCAUGCCAUCCUGGGCCUUUUCUCCUUCACCCUGGACACAUGGAGCACGUCUCGAGGCGACACCGCUCAGAUCCUGGGCACGGGCGCGGGCAUCGCUGUGGCGUCCCACCUCAACCACCAGCUGGCUCUGAUCCGCGAUCCUCCCGCCUCCAUGCUGCCUUUGCAGGCGCCGCCGCUCAGCUUAGGACUCUUUGGGUGGAGCUUGCUCCGAUUUGUCCUGGGUGUGCUGAUGCUGAUAGUGACGAGAGCAGUCAUGAAGGCGCUCACCAUCCCCUUGGUGUGCCACGUGGUCGGAAUCUCAAGCCAGGACGUCCGCAGAGCCAGGCAGCACAUGCAGGUUGAGCUCCCGUACCGCUACAUCGUUUACUGGACCGUCGGCUUCAGCGCCUUCUUCCUCGUCCCCUUCAUUUUCAGCCGCGUCGGCUUGUCCUGAACGGCCUGAGCACGGGUUAACAAACGGACAAACGGAGCGAGAGUUUUACUGCAUUUCAUCCAAGACCAAAAAAUUUCUCAGAAAAAAAAAAAAUUCCCAAAAAUUCUGAGUUUUUACUAUAAAACCUGCACUGCCCAAAGUAAUGGCUUUCGAUCCACAUUUUACAGCAGGAUGGAACACGUUUCGAGCGACUUCGUUUAUUUUUCCAAAACCAAGUUUUGCGUUCAGGGUUUCUGUCGUCGUAGCUUCAGUUUCUGAUGAAAAAACCGAAGGGUUAGUUGUGAUUGGAUUCUUGCAGACGUGUGGCGAACAGUUUUGAUGAACGAACAUCACAAAGAGGCACAUAAAUUUUUUUUUUUUUUUUUUUCCCAGAAUGUGGUCAAAACCCUGUGACUGCUCAGUACUCCUCUUCAGUAGAACCUUGGACACUUGAAGACUUUUUUUUUUUUUCCUCCACCCCCUGUCUUUCCCAGAAUAAGAUUCCAUGAUUUAGGAUCAAGGACUUGACUUUAAUUUGACUGACCGAACAUGAGAGAUGACUGCAGAUCGUGCAGUUCGACGUGAACAACGUGGUCGUCGUUCUCAGUCGAUCCAAAACGCUGAAGACGGCCUUUUAUUUUAGUAUUUUGAGAUUUCACCACUCUGACACACACACGAUUCAGGGUUGGUUCCUGUGCACACAAGUGAAGCAUUCCUUUUGCUUAUUAAUAUGAAUUUGACGACAAAAAAAAAAACCUCAAACUGAAACUUUUUGGGAGAAGGCGAGCCGUGUUUUUCGGUUUGCGUCCUGCUUCCAAGUUCCUCCCAUCAUGUCAUGAGUGUGAUGUGACGACACGACACUGCAGACUCUUCAGCAAGAUGGACAGGACUGUGGUUUCAGUUCAGGGACCUGCGCACACUUAUGCUGCUCCUGCAUUUUGACAAUCGGUUCUCGCCACACUGGUCGUUUUCUCAUGACCAGCUUUUCUUAUGUUCUUUGUCAGGUUCCAUGUGGUGUGUGGUGUUUUUUUUUUUUUUUUUUUAAAUGAUUGUCUUAUGUGCUCUGAAGGAGACAAUUGAGACGAAAAAAAAAUCUCAGCGUCUCCCGUGUAAGUUCAGAGAAGGCUGUGUGUUUCAGACUGAUUUGUUUGCGUCUGUGGUACUGUUUUAAAACAAAUGCACUGUUUCCCAGAAUGCACUGCUCAUGUCCGUGGGCACGGCGUCACAUUUUUUUUAUAUAUAUAUGUGUGUGUGUGUGUGUGUGUGUGUGUGUGUGUGUGUGUGUGUGUGUGUUUUUUCACACUAACAAGAGCCAAGUUGUUGCAGCUUGUGGGUGUGGCCUGUUCUGAUUUGAGAGUCAUCAAUAUGGCUACUUUAAACGUACGUUUUAGUGUCGUGCUUCCAUUUCUAGGCACCAAACACGAUCGAACUUCAUGACAGUCGAGGAUUCUGGGAACGGUGUCGGCUCAGUACUUGCUUUCCAGAUUUUGAUCUGAAGGUUGUGAGUUUGAAUCCCAGCAUCGCCAAGCCACUCCUCCGACUCUGAGCAAGGCUGCUCGUGUUACGACACUUGGGAUAAAAUGUAAAGAAUGCACCGGAGGAUUGGUCUGACGAGCCGGGGGUUUGGAUUUGUCGCAUCGUACCGAAUUUGUGUCGACGAACUCGCAUCGAAAAUAAAUAUUUGCUUGUUGAUCGUGUUUGCUAGCGUGAAUGCAGGGUUGUUCAGUGUGUGUGUGUGUGUGUGUGUGUGUGUGUGUGUCCGUCCAUGAUAAAGAAGGGUGGAGAAGGUGUACUUGGGAAUAAGUGUGAUGUGUAGAACAACAAAUCUUUACAAGGCCAGCAAGGGUUAAGCUUUAUAACGUUGUUGUUGUUGUUAUUGUGGAUUAAUGACUUGAAGCCUGACCAGUUGUUCGAGACGUAAUCAGGAUCCCUGACAAAAGCACCAUCGCUGGAUGUUCUGGACCAAGUAAUUAAAAAAAAAAAUUCAGGUUUGAGUGAGAAAGGAAUAAAACUCACACAAUGUCCCUUCUUUUGUGCCGACAGCUGCCUCCAUUCCUUCAGUUCCUUAUAUCGACGUCUGCUAAAUCAUGGCAGAAUAUUGACCCUGCUUUAAAGAUUUUUACAUUCAAUAAAAAAAAUCUAGUUCAUUCUUUUCAACUUGACACAAAAAAUAGUAACGCAGCUCGGACAUGAUUUCCAUUUCCAAAGGCAGAGACGAGGAGCUGAAAUCGUCCCCGCGUGAUUCUGGAUUUCCAAAAUGGCAGCCAAAGUUCAGAACAUCUGUCUGAAGCGUCUUCAGAGAAGAACUGAAGGAGUGAGAUGGGGGGGGAAGUGGAACACUUCUGGGGGUGGGUUGUAUGAUGAUGUCACCAUUACUGUAAUUAAUUGCAUUGUGCAGUUCCAGUGACUAAAAGCUGAUUCGAUGUUCAGAUCUGAUUUUAAACCAACCGUUUUCAGUUUCUUCCCUGCUGGAUUUGCAAUCUUGGUUGUCUGUUGGUUUUAAGAAAGUGGUGAUGAAAUUAACAGCCACAUAUCCAUCCUGAUGUGCUCAUCCUUUGUUCACACCAGUACAGUAGGUCACCUGCUUAAAAAAAAAAAAUGUAGUUUAACUAUUGUUGGUCUGUCUGUCCCUGAAAUCGUGCCUCCCUAACUUGUCAUCGCGUGCUUCCGCUUUAUUUAUUUAUGGACACGGGGUUGCUUCUGAAAUUGCUAAUCCAGCAAAGCAAAUCCAACACUCACCUCUCGACUAUGCAGGAUUUUAAAAUGUAGCUAUGCAGACAUGUUUUUGUGCUGCGAAACAGGACCGAGGAUCCCUCAGCAGUCUUCCUGAAAAAAAUAAUAAUGUUUUGGCCUUACGAAUGGUGCAACAGGCAAGUGUUCACGCACAUGUUGGGAGAUUAGGAGUCCGAAUUGUAAGGAUGCCACGGCGAGAUGCAUGAUGAAGUCAGUCAUGAUGUCUGGGCUGUGCUCGCGGUGGUACUCUCUCAGCUGAAGUAUGAGGAAGAGGGCAGAUAGCUCUUUCCUGAGUAUGUAUAAUGCUGCAUGAUCAGCAGUUAAAAAUGCUUCAUGCGUCUUUAAGGAAGCGCACGUUCGCCCGGAUCGGGGUGAGCCGGGUGGGGAUUUUCAGAUCAGGCGUUCAUGCACACACAGCUGGGAUUUAAACAGGAUGGAACGAAAAUCCGGUAACGGGUGUGACAGUGUUACGGAGCAGGAGAUGAGGAGGCUUGAGGCUCAAUCAGUUUCGCGUCGCUCCCACCGUGCCUUUUACUGUAUCGUAUUUCAUCCGGAUAACAUCUUUGCUCGGAUGUUGAGCUGCACGUCAGACUCCAUCGACGAUGAAAGCAAUAAUAACGACCCACGUCCUGUCUGGUGAUUUUAAUCGUCAGCUGGAUCAGUAGAGCCCUGACCAUAUCUCCUACUAUGCAUGUUAAGCGAAUAUAUGACAUAAAUUGUGCACUAGCGGUACAAUACGGGACGUCAUCCUUCUCCUGACUGAAAAGGAGGACUGGAACGGACUUCACACACCUUUAUACGAAGAGAUCCGUGUUGUACGUCCCUGAAGACUGAUUCAACUUGAAUCGAUUCAUCGAGAACCUGUGUGAAUGUCUCGAGUUACAAUUUACUGUAGUGUUUUCUGAUUUCUUCAUGUAGCAGAUGUGUUUGUGUGUGAAAGGAAAAAGUCAGGACCCACAGAACCUGAUUAUUUCAUGAGCUAAUUGGCAAAAGAGCUUCAAGUUGCUUGGGAUAGAUAGCGCCCCCUCGUGGGCACUCAACCCCACACCGUCUGGAUUGAACACAGUGAUAUUAAUAUUGGUGAGAGAGAGAUAUGACCCUGGACCUGAAUGUUUUCAUGUUUUAUCUGAUGAACUGUUUGUUUUACUUGAUCAUAAUGUUAUCACAAAUGAUUAAAAAAAUUGACUUUUUGCAAUUGCAAAAGAAAGCAAUGCCAUAACAA